AAUACCGGUUUCGGCAUGAACUCAAGUGCUCCGAGAGCUUCAACAACUUGGAUUAAUCAGCUGGCUUGAGCUCAGCGCUCCGGAAUUGCAACUGACGCUGACGCUGCGAAAAUUCAGCAACAUGACUUGGAACGAGAUUAAAUCCAAGAUUUCAGUACCGAUAUAUUGCGUGCUUACGCUCUCUAUAUUUCUAGCAGAUGUAUUAAUUAAUGAGAAAAAAUAAGAAAAGUAGAAAAUUAACGAUAAUAAGGUUAGUAAAUAUGGUUAAACGGUACUGUUAGAAAUUAUUUUUAUCAGCUUUGACAGGGCAAAUCUCUUGGUGUAUGACGUUAUUAUUAUAUUAUUUUAAAGAAUUAAAUUAAUUUGCACACUCGAAUAUAAGAGCGUUACACGUGCCUGAAGAGUAUUUCAAAAAAGAAUUUAUUAUUAUUAUGCACUAAUUAUUUCAAGAUGUCUUAAAAUGUUAUCUAUAUUUUUUAAAUAUUUUUUAUCAUUAAAUGUGAAAUAACACAAGACAUAAUAUUUUAGCAUAUAAUGCAUGCAUCUCAAGACGUGCAAGCGUUUCAAAGAGAUGUUGCCCUCGACCGACUGUCGUCGAUAACUCUUCAACAGGCUCGUAGGAAAGUAACACUUGUUGACAAUGUAACACUUGAGUCAAUGAAUGAACGUACCAUCGAGAAAGCGUUGAAGCAGACCGCCGACAUAUUUAUGCAAAAUUUAGACAAAGUCUCGAAAAUGGACAUGAACGAUGAUCGAACGUUACGGCUGGAUGAGCCCGAGAUACCCUCAGCCCAUCCGGAAUCGCCCACGAGUACGUUAUCUUCGAGAGAAGAACAUUCGGAAGACAGAUUGCAGAUGGAAUUAAUUUCACCGGUCGACUUGCUCACGCCGCUAGAAGCAGCCGCUAUAUCACGUGUACUCGAAGAGUGCUUGGAGCAGCUGCUCACGGUCGGAUUCGUGAUACCAGCCAGCGUGGACCCGCGCUGGGACGAAACUGGGUUUAAAACGGUUGACGAGGCGUAUGGGGUGCCUGACGAGCCUAGAGCGAUCUUCAGAGAAGACAUGGGCCUCUUGCCGCUUGUGCCCACGGCGGCGGAGAAGAUGCAGCGGGACAGGAACUACGUGCGCAGAGUGCUCGAAAGAGUUCUGCGCGACGUAAGAGACGACAGAAAAUUUGACAGCUUGCAAGAGGAGCUCGACAGUAUCGCGAGGAAACGGGAGGGCGAGCGUGAUCUCGAAACGAGCGCGCGAGCGUGGCUCAAUCGAGCCGGACAACUUCGAGGGACGUUGGAGUCGAGUAAAACGGCGAGCGCGGAGGAUACGGAGAGUACAAUCCGACUGGCGCAGGAGAGCGACGCAGCAGUCGAUCGCGCGAUAUUCUUGAACAGCGGGAAGCUAGGCUACGCGGAGAGAUGGGCGAGGGCCAGAUUGGAGCAACAGGCGCUCAAGCUGCAGCUGCGGAAGACGGAUGUGCUGAACGGAUUGAGCGAUCGCUCGAAGGAGUGCAACGCGGAGCAGAUUAUGUCGGCAGAGAUCAGCGCUUACCUGGAGGCGGAUAUCGAAGAGAAGGAAAAGCAGAUAGUCGCGUGGACGACUAGGUACAGCGAGGAGCUGGUGCGGCGGCAGCAAGAGAUCGAUGAAUUAAAGGAAAAAGUAGACAAACAGAAAUUGGAAAUGGACGAAAUGCGCUCUCUAAGAGACGAGCAACGAGAACUGAUCGACGAGUACAUCAGCGAGGAGAGAAGAUUACGGGAGGAAGCGGAGCACCGCGGUAAACUGCACAAAGCUGCGACCGUCAUUCAGUCAAGAUGGAGGGGUCACAUGGUGAGGCGGGAAUUGGGAAAAUAUAAAAACCUGCGAAAACGGUUGAAGAGGCGAAAGAAAUUAAGCAAGAAAUUCAGACUAGAAGCUAAAAGAUAAGAACAAGAUAUCGAACUUGAUGUCGUAAUUAAAAGAAAGAAAGAGUUUCAGAUAAGCAAAUUACGGGGAAAGUCGUGUUUCAUCAUUGAGAAAUCCUUCUUACAUGCUAUUACAAUAACUCGCUUUGGCGUGUCUGUAUAAAUUACUCAAAUAUAUUUUUAAACAAA